AACUCUACCCUCAUUCUCAUCUUCGAGCCUCUACACACUGUACGAGUACCAUGGAUAUUUCAUUCGCACUCACUGGCAAGGGUUAUGUUAUCGUUGCGGCAGACACCACCGCUGCCCACUCCAUCAUCAAAGUGAAGCUCGACGAGGACAAGAUCAAGACUCUCAGCCCGCACUUGCUCAUGGCUUACACUGGCGAGCCAGGUGACACUGUGCAAUUCGCCGAGUACAUUGAACGAAACAUUCGUCUCUACCAGAUCCGUAACAUCUACGCCCUCCGUCCUCCUUCCGCCGCGUCAUGGAUCCGUCGCUCUCUUGCUGACUCUCUGAGAUCCCGGAAACCCUACUCAGUCAAUCUACUACUCGGUGGCUACGACACGAGCACACAUACGCCGCAUCUAUACUGGAUCGAUUACCUCGGCACGCUUGCUAGCGUACCGUUUGCAGCGCAUGGAUAUGGAAGCUACUUUGCUCUCAGUUUACUUGACCGAUACCAUGACCCUGAGGCUUCUCUCGAGGAAGGUCUCGCCACUCUCCGACGAUGCAUUGACGAGGUGUCGAAGCGUCUUAUCGUCUCUCCUGGGAAAUACAAAGUGAAGGUGGUAGACAAGGAUGGUGUUCGAGAACUCGACUUUUAGUCUAAACUUCCAUCUGACAUUUCGUUACGUUGGUAUGUCAUUUUGGUCUAGAAGAACAAGACAGACUUGCUGACUCACCCCACAGUGACUCUUCCAUGUUCCUGUCGAUCCUAGACAUUCCAGCAUAUGGAUGUGCACUGUAAUAUGUAGUGUUUCUGUCAAGCCUUACUCAGGGUUCAGACUUCGUAAUGCUGGUAUAAGAGCAUGUUUGGUGGUCAGUAGAGCCUAUUCAAAUAGGCAAUAUCUCUGCUUGGCUUUGCUUCUGAGGGCAGUUGGGAUACAGGUGUAGGUGCUGAAUGGGAGUUAAUGAGAUGAAUUCUGGUGCAAUGGAAAAAUUUGAGGCUGACAGAUCUAUCUGGGCUACAAUCAAACUCUGCAUUCAUCUGUGUAUCAGAUUGUAUCUUACAUUAUAGUGCAUUACAAAAAGAUAGAUGAUCACAAAAUUAGCUUAGAA